AUGGAGAUGCCACAAGUCUACCGUCCUAUACCCCGAAGAACGUUUGAAAUCCCUUCAACCUCGACGGACUCGUCAAUGCCCCCGUCUCCAGCUAGUGAGGGCGUGAACGGCGAGCUUCCCUCUGGGUCAAAGUCCGAUUCCACACCCGGCCGGACUCGAUCUAUCCUCAAUCUCACCUCUUCCACGCUGCUAGGCAUUUACUCACCCAUAUCGGAUGGGAACAGGGAGGACCUAUCAACACCGUGGGGCACAGGAGCUCAAACACCCAGCAAGAGACAGAGCAUUGAUGACAGUCUUCAUCGAAAACCCGAAGUGACUUGGCAACAAGAUGGCAGUGGCCCUCGUCUAAAACCAAAACCGAAACGAAGAGGCUUUCCGGCCCUCGUUCUUCAGACAGCGUUACUAUUCACGUUCGGCCUCGGGUAUGGCUCCAUUGUCACACAUCUACAUAAGACCCGACGUAUCACACCGGUGCCUGUACCAGACGUCGAGCAACAUUCAGUGUGGUACCUGAUUUCCUGGGGUAUCUUUGGCAUACUACUGGGAAACGCGCUGCCGUUACUGGACGCAGUUUGGGAGGGCUCUGGUGCCCACGGUACAACCAAAAAUCAGGGCACCUCGAAUACGAAAUCAGCUACUGUUGGCUCGGACGAAACAGAUGCUUCGGACGGUGGGCUUGGGCCAAUGUGGUAUUCUGCUGUAAGAAGCAUCGGGGUCUUCGUAGGUAUUGCCUUUGCAGUAAGACGUCUCCCGUGGCAAUCCACCUUGCAAGUAGCGUUGACUUUGGCUCUUGCCAACCCUUUCCUGUGGUACUUGCUUGACCGAUCACUGCCCGGGUUUGCUUUUUCCGCGAUUGUUAGCGUUGCUGGCACUCUGGUUCUAUUGCUGGUUGAUCCAAAUUUUGUCCCCGUCCCCGCGAUCCACCAGCAGGUGGUGUCUGACCAAUUCGGCGUAUAUACUUGGUUGGCGAGCAUCUUGUUCUGUACAAGCAUCUGCUUUGGAGCGAUCGGCAGAAGGUUACAACUGUAA